UUGACAUUUCUUACCAAAUAGCUUUUGUAAACGCAACAUGUUGGAGCUGAAGUGCUGGAGGUAACACAGCUAAACAGAAAACGUUGAUUUUUUUUAAGUGAGAAACUUGGCUGAGGCCACGGAGAGAAUGUCUCAGAUGCUGAGACUUCUCUCGGCGGCUGCUCUGCCUUUCUGGCGGAGUGGAGGAGCCCGAGUUCGCACAGUGGGUUCUAGAAGCCUUGGAGGUCUGGUCUGUCGUUUUUUCAGUCAAAAUCAAACUAAUGUUCUGUCUCGUCAAAGAGUCUGUUUGGCUCGGCAACGAUUCUAUUCCACCGAGCCGAAAGAUGGAAAAGGAGGAGCAGGAGGAGGAGGAGAACGACCAGGUGGAGGGAAGAGAGGUGGGGGAAGGAAAGACUGGUGGAGUCGGAUGCAGAAGGGCGACUUCCCAUGGGAUGAGAAGGAUUUCCGAUACAUGAUGGUCACUGUUGCUGGAGUCAGCUCUGCCCUGCUCUACUUCUACUUCCGAGAUACCGGCCGAGAGAUCAGCUGGAAGGACUUUGUGCACCGUUAUUUGGGCAGAGGCAUGGUGGAUCGGUUGGAGGUGGUUAACAAACAGUUUGUCAGAGUUAUCCUGAUACCAGGAGCGGAUGCUGAAGGGAGUUAUGUGUGGUUCAACAUUGGCAGUGUUGAUACAUUUGAGAGGAAUCUUGAGGCUGCACACAUGGAGCUCGGCCUGGACCCGUCGCAUCGGGCUGCUGUCAUCUACAGUUCAGAGAGCGAUGGCUCUUUCCUGAUGAACAUGAUUCCUACUCUGUUGCUGAUUGGAUUUCUGCUGUUCACCCUGCGACGUGGACCAAUGGGAGGAGGCAUUGGUGGUGGAAGGAGCCCCUUUAGCAUGAGUGAAUCAACAGCCAAGAUGAUGAAAGACAACAUAAGUGUUAAAUUCAAGGAUGUGGCCGGCUGUGAGGAAGCAAAGGUAGAGAUCCUGGAGUUUGUGAACUUCCUGAAAAACCCACAGCAGUAUCAGGACCUUGGAGCAAAAAUCCCCAAGGGUGCAGUGUUGUCUGGACCUCCUGGUACGGGAAAGACUCUACUGGCCAAAGCCACAGCAGGAGAGGCCAAUGUCCCCUUCAUCACCGUCAACGGCUCUGAGUUCCUGGAAAUGUUUGUAGGGGUUGGCCCAGCCAGGGUGAGGGACAUGUUUGCUAUGGCGAGGAAGAAUGCGCCCUGCAUCCUUUUCAUUGAUGAGAUUGAUGCUGUGGGGAGAAAGAGAGGAGGAGGGAACUUUGGGGGUCAGAGUGAACAGGAGAACACGCUAAACCAGCUGCUGGUGGAGAUGGAUGGUUUUAACACAGCUACUAAUGUAGUGGUCCUGGCUGGAACCAAUAGGCCUGACAUCCUGGACCCUGCUCUGAUGAGACCAGGGCGCUUUGACAGACAGAUUUACAUCGGUCCUCCAGACAUCAAAGGCAGAGCUUCCAUCUUCAAAGUGCACCUGCGACCAAUCAAACUGGAUCCCAGUUUGGAUAAAGAUGCUCUUGCAAGAAAAAUGGCAGCUGCCACACCAGGAUUCACUGGUGCCGACAUUGCUAACGUAUGCAAUGAAGCAGCAUUGAUUGCUGCCAGACACUUGAGCCCCGCCGUCAACCCUAAGCACUUCGAGCAAGCGAUUGACCGAGUCAUCGGAGGCCUGGAGAAGAAGACUCAGGUUCUGCAGCCCACAGAGAAAAAGACUGUAGCGUAUCAUGAAGCCGGCCAUGCUAUCGUAGGCUGGUUCCUGCAGCACGCUGACCCCCUGCUUAAAGUGUCAAUCAUUCCACGGGGGAAGGGUCUGGGUUACGCUCAGUACCUGCCCAGAGAGCAGUACCUUUACACCAAAGAGCAGCUGUUUGACAGGAUGUGCAUGAUGCUUGGAGGUCGUGUGGCUGAGCAGGUCUUCUUUGGCAGGAUAACAACUGGGGCUCAGGAUGACUUAAAGAAGGUCACACAGUCCGCCUAUGCUCAGGUGGUGCAGUUUGGGAUGAGUGACAGGGUGGGCCAGGUUUCGUUUGACCUCCCCCGGCAGGGCGAGAUGGUCCUGGAAAAGCCGUACAGCGAGGCUACAGCUGAGCUCAUCGAUGAGGAGGUCAGAGGACUGGUGGACCGAGCAUAUGAGCGCACUCUGGAGCUCAUCACAGACAAGAAGGACCAGGUGGAGAAGGUGGGGAAGCAUUUGCUUGAGAAGGAGGUGCUAGACAAAGCCGACAUGGUGGAGCUGCUGGGUCCACGGCCAUUCCAAGAGAAGUCAACCUACGAGGAGUUUGUGGAGGGGACAGGGAGCUUCGAGGAGGACACCAGCCUUCCAGAGGGCCUCAGGGACUGGAACCAGGAGAGAGGAGGGGAGGCUGAGGAGACAGACCCCACCCAGGACAGACAACAGGCAAUGUAGUGUCUGAAAAAACAAGGACAGCAUACCCCAGCUGGACAAAAGACAUCCAGCUACUCACUCACUUCUACUCAGUCCGAGAGGAGAAGAGAACAGAUGAAAAAAAACAAAUUCACUUGUUUCAUGCCUUGGCUCCCACCGUCAGCUGACUGGAUUUGAUUUGAAAUUUGGGCCUAAGUUAGGAUACAUAGUUAUUAUUAGAGAGAGAGAGAGAGAAAUGAUUUUUUUUAAAAUUUUGUAGCAGUGGACAGCUGUUGCCUAAAUGUAGCACUGAUACAGAGAAGAUGAACUCGGCUCAAACAAGAAUGUGUUUUAAAGCGCCUUAAGAUAUUCCAGAUUUAAUUACACCAGAACUAAAGACUCACCGCUUUCUUUAUUUAUGCAUUUAAAAUAUGCCUGAUAAUUAGGAAGAAACACUUGACUGGAGGAAUGUUUCUGUGGCCAAACAAGCUUGUAAUAUGUUUAGAAAUUACAUGAAGAUGUUUUUUCAUCUGUUUUAAAGUUCAUCCUGGAGGAACUGAGCACAUUGUUCUGUUUCACACCACCAGAGCAACAGUGACCUCAGGUUGGAUUUAUAUUAUGGAUAUUUUAAUGCUGUAAAAAUAUAAUUAUAUCUAACUGUGUGUGUUAAUGACUGGACAGGAGGUAUUUUGUACCACUGGUCCAGAACAAAACAAUUAUUAAAGAUUGUUAAAGAAGA